AUGUCUUCAUCCACCCACCAUCAUCGAAAGGCCUCGAGUAGGGCUGCUCUCCCCCGCCGAUCAACAAAAGGACCUUUGGAUGCAGUCGACGACCCUUUGUCCCUGUCUGCAACACCAUCACCAUCAGUACUAUCAGUUGCUCCAUCCCCGUUGCCGCAAUCUCCUCAGAAUGAACUCACCGAUCCGUCCGUCGCCGAGACGUCAGAGCCAGACAGCCUUUCCCAUGUACCAUCACUACCUCAAGGGAACCCUGGGCCCUCUCAGCAGACCGAGGACCCUGCAGCAGAAGAGCGAGAUCUCUCUUUCCUCCUUGAUCCAUCACUCUACCAUCCUUUGUCGCAGGUCGAGGUCCCAGGCCCAUUCCGGAAACCCUACUUACCAUCACCCACCAAGACAGCCUCGCUAGCCAAAUCUCUUGCCCAACUCGAUAGGCUAUUGUCAGAAUGUGAAUUUCUGCGCGCUGCACAGUUUGCUGGCGCCAUCUUGAUCUCGGGGACCGUCAGGCCAACGGAUGCACCGACCAUCUUCAAACUGCUCGAGAUCCGAUAUUCGUGUCUUGAGCUGUGUGGAAACCUUGCUUACGCCGCCCAAGAGGCCAAGGCUUUGGAGGAUAUCAGCUCAGCAUUCUAUUACGAUGACCCGGCCACGUCGGCGGGAGGCCCCAGCCUUGAGUCUUCCCUGGAGUCCAAGCCGAUACCACGCCAUGUCAUGCCCUUUUCGCUACGGCUCCAAGCUUUACGACUUCAGAGCAUUGGCUUCUCCGAUCCUAGGCGAGGGGUUUCGACACUCUACGACACCGCGGCAGAAUGCAGGGAACAUCUACUCAGCCCACUCACGUCCACAGAAGAGCGAACACUGUGGGCACAGAGGUUAAGUCAAGUGUCAAUUCACGUGGUGAAUGCUCUGAUUGAAAUGGGAGAUCUUGAUUGCGCGGCAAGAACCUUGGGGACAUUGAAGCCGUCUCAGGCAGAUCAUAUAGCCACAUGGGAGGCCCGAAUGAUCUUGCUUCGAAUAAAAAUGGGUCAUGUCACCAAAGCCCAGUCCCUGCUCAAUGCAUCUCAAGUCCAAGAGCCGGCUAAAUCUAUGCUUACUGCCUUGCUAGCAAUAUCCCUGGGGAGGAUCGACGAGGCUGCUCGACUCCUUUCCCAGGUCGACCCAACUGUCGAUCCUGCGGUCAGUGCCCUGGUCCGACAGAACCUCGCCGUUGCUUAUCUCUACAAUGGCGAGAUUAAGAAAGCCAAGUUGACUCUGGAGGAAUUGGUAGACCAAGGACACUCAUUUCAGACCCUGACCAUCAAUUUGGCCACCAUCUAUGAUUUAACAUCGGACCGUGCGAGAGACUUGAAAAUGGCUCUCGUGUCCAACGUGGCUUCGCAUCAAAAUGGUGCUGCUCAGCCUCGAGCUUUUGUCAAUGCCGACUUCAAAAUGUGAUGCACUCUAUUCAGCUACAAGCAGAUCCCACCACACCAUGACGAUGAUCGAAAGCGUUGAGGAGACCCUUGAGGUGCGACAGGGCGGCCAGGACGAUGAGAACGUGAAAUAUUUGGUGUGAGCUCCCCAGAGUAUCAACUUUUCCUGGAAACCACUUUUCGGGAAUUCGUGCCUGUCGAUAUCAGAUUUAUGUCUUUCAGUCCAGCAUUAAACUCACUGCAUAAAGUCCUGCCCCCAAAAUGUACAGUAUGCCCUGCAACACCAACCAGAAUAGGCCAAUUUGCUUCUGCAUCUGCUGUAAUCCAAACAGUCUCAGCCCAUCGAAAACGGGGAAGACGGCCGAAACACCCAUGCCGAUAAACAUCAAUGCGCGAUAUGGUCUCCAAGCAGGGGUGCGAAAUUGGGGCAAGACAGAGACAGCGGUGCAUGCGAGGCCGAGCAGAGAGAUCUGGGACACAAGUCAGUGGUAGCUCAACAUGGAUAAGGUGGGAGUAUGACCAUGGUCCAAUAUACCACCUGUCGCGGACCGUCGCACCAGAACCCAUAGUAGACACUAGGCACAAAGGACCCGGCGAUAAGAAUAGCGAUGCCGGCAUAGUCCAAUUGAUUCCAGAACUUGGCCACGGACGGAGAGUGGUUGGAUACGGCGUGAUAGGUAGCACUCAUGCCCAGGCAGAAAGCGGCCCCAAAGAAGAAACA